GUGUUCUAAAGUGUUCUUAGUUUUCCCACUAGACUCGCAAAAAAAAAUUAUUUUUUUAUUGCUGCUAAUAGAAGUGCAAGAAAGUUUUUUAAUUAAACUGAGAAAAAAAUAAAAUGUUUCGAAUUAUUGUGUUGACAAUCAUCUCGUUUGGAGUCGUCACAGCAUGGCCAUCCGGAAAAUCAUCAUCAACAUGCAAUUGCGUUUGCGGUGUUCGAGGUCGCACUCAGAAAAUUGUAGGCGGGUCGGAAACUCAUCCUAAUGAAUAUCCUUGGGUUGCUGGAUUAUUCAAACAGAAUAAAUUGUACUGCGGUGCUACAGUUAUUUCCAAUAAAUAUUUGCUGACGGCGGCACACUGCGUCAGUUCCUUUGAACCUCGAGAGAUUCGCGCUUUCGUUGGCGGUCAUAACAUUUCAAGAGACUACACGGAAAUCAAACGAAUCAAGAAAAUUAUUCCGCAUGAAAAUUUUGAUAUCUUCACAUUCAACAACGACAUUGCACUUCUAGAAUUAGACACACCUUUGUUUUAUAGUUCACGUGUUGCACCAGCAUGCUUGCCUAGUGGUGAACAAGAAGAUUUCACAGACCAAUUGACACUUGUCGCCGGAUGGGGAAGAGUGUCAGAACGCUCGCAGACAUCGCAAACACUUCGCUCUGUUAUUGUUCCAAUUUGGUCACAAGAAGAAUGUCUGAUGGCUGGUUGUGCCAGAAAAUCCCUUCCUGGGAUUUACACUCGUGUUGUCAACUAUCUUGAUUGGAUUCAAAAGAAGAUGAAAGGCGAAUGCAUGUGUCAACCUCGCAAUGGUCAACGAACAAAUUUCCUCGAGAAGCUUGGCGAGGGCGAAGGCUUGUUACAUGUUGUCGUCAUAAACCAAAUAACAAUGAGCAACUUUCAACCGACAGUCGACAGUAAAUACAUGAAUAAUUCAAUCAACGUCAAAUUAGUUAGUGGAUUCAAUUACACAGAUGACAACUUUCGAGACGGUAAAUUCCUUUUCGAUUCACUAUUUGGAUUAGAAUUGGAAGAGGAAUUGAUAUCGAAUGAUGCAACAAAUACACUCAAGUCAUGUGAAUGCGAGUGUGGACAAUCAAAGCAGGAGAUAAGAAUAGUUGGCGGAAGACCUACAGGAAUCAAUCAAUUUCCAUGGGUUGCGAGACUCGUUUAUGAUGGUCAAUUUCAUUGUGGUGGAUCAUUACUGACAGCAGAUUAUGUUCUCACUGCUGCACAUUGUGUAAGAAGACUAAAACGAAGUAAAAUUCGAGUGAUAUUAGGUGACCAUGAUCAAUUCGUGACAUCAGAGACAGAAGCAAUUCAACGAGCAGUAAGCGCUGUUAUUCGUCAUAGAAAUUUUGAUCAAAAUACUUAUAAUCACGAUAUUGCGUUAUUACGGCUACGAAAACCUGUUUCGUUUAGCAAAGGGAUUCAACCAAUUUGUUUGCCACGUGAAGGUAUAGAUCCUUCUGGAAAGCUUGGAACAGUUGUUGGAUGGGGAAGAACAGCUGAAGGUGGAUCUCUUCCAGGAAUUCUUCAACAUGUCAACGUUCCUGUUUUAACUUUAGAACAGUGUCGUGGGAUGAAAUAUCGAGCAUCAAGAAUCACACCGAACAUGCUUUGUGCAGGUGGAAUCAAGCAAAAAACCGACUCAUGUCAGGGUGAUUCAGGUGGUCCUUUGCUUGUAAAUAAUGGUGAAAAGUAUGAGAUUGUUGGCAUUGUAUCGUGGGGUGUUGGAUGUGGUCGUCAAGGUUAUCCCGGAGUGUACACUCGAGUGCAAAGGUCAUUUAAAUUGACAUUAAAAUUGCAUUUAAAACUAUUAAAAAUGAAAUUUCUUGGGAUUUUUGUUUCAAUGAUUUGUGCAGUCUUCAUCAGCAAUGUAGAAUGUGGCAGUGAAUUUGAAGGUGUUUACGCACCUGAAUGUGAAUUUGGACCUUUCGGAAUUGUAAUGAACACUGAAGGUGACUGCAAUUUACCAUGUCCAGGAGCGGAAGUCAAAAUUCAAACGAAAUUUGAUGACACUCAAGAAGCCGAUGUUUGCUGUUUUAGCUUGUUAAUAACAAGUUGUUGGAGUUACCAAGGAAAAGUUGGAAAGGGAAAAAUCCAAAUCUACAAUGGAAAUCGCUACACAGAAGCCAAAAGCUUAAAAGAUAAUGGAACGAAGACAAUUUUCGGUUUAAAUCGCAAUCGACCACCAGCACACGAUACACCUGCUUCACCUUGCAGUUGCAGAUGUGGAGAGCGCAAUGAUGAGUCGAGAAUUGUUGGUGGAAGUACAACAGGCGUAAAUGAGUUUCCUUGGAUGGCUCGUCUCAGCUACUUCAACAGAUUCUAUUGCGGUGGAAUGCUAAUUAACGAUCGUUAUGUUCUCACUGCCGCACAUUGCGUUAAAGGCUUCAUGUGGUUCAUGAUUAAAGUGACAUUUGGUGAACAUGAUCGUUGUGAUGAUAGCAUGAGAGCGGAGACGAGGUUCGUGUUAAGAGCAAUAUCGCAGAAAUUCAGUUACAGUAAUUUCGAUAACGAUAUGGCGCUAUUGAGACUUAAUGAUCGCGUGCCGAUAACUGAUUUUAUACGCCCAAUUUGUUUACCAACUAACAAAGGUGAGGCAUAUGUGGGCAAAACUGGUCUCGUUACUGGUUGGGGAACAUUAAAAGAAGAUGGUAAGCCAUCUUGCACACUCCAAGAAGUUGAAGUUCCAAUUCUCUCUAAUGAAGAAUGUAUUGGAAAGACAAAUUAUACUGCAAAGAUGAUAACAAACAACAUGAUGUGUGCUGGUUAUCCAGGAGUUGGACAACGUGACAGUUGUCAGGGUGAUUCUGGUGGUCCAUUGCAAGUGGAAAGAGAUGAUAAGAGAUAUGAACUUGUUGGGAUUGUUUCAUGGGGAAAUGGUUGCGCCCGACCUGCUUAUCCAGGAGUUUAUACGAGAGUUACAAGAUAUUUAGACUGGAUUCACGAGAAUUCUAAAGACGGUUGCUUUUGCAGUCAGUGAGUAGGGAACACGAGCUUGAGCUACUUUUAACGAGAAAGAUAAAUAAGUAUUCAAAGAAAGAACAAGGGAAAGGAGAAGGAGAACACAAAAAUUUGUAUUUUACAUAAAAACUCUUAUUUAUAAUGCAACACAUGAGAUGAUGGAAAUGAAAUGUUAGACUAAAUAAAAAGCGAAUGAUUUAAUUUUAGAGUAAUUUAUGUUUAAAUGAGAUGAAUACGAAUUAAAUUGCGAUACGAGC